UCACUCCUCACUUCACUAUAGCUGCAUCAAUCUUCUUCGACUAAAACCCUUCAAUUCAUUGAUAUUUUUGGAAGAACAAAAAUGGGAUUUGGAGCUCUACGAAAUGCAAUUCGACCCUUGUCAAGAACCCUAACAACCCACGCCAGAACUUCCUCAACGGCGCUGUUUUUGGCCUCAAAACCAGAGUUCAGGCUCUCUCUCAGCGGUGGAGGCCAGUCUCCAUGGACUCAAAUGAUCAGGCAUUUCAGCUUCUUAUCAGAAGCAAACCCUUUUGAUAGAUUAACCAGCACUCGAUUUCCUAAACGAAGGCCCGUCGAUAAGCCUCGGAGAAAAAGAGCCAGCUUGAAACCUCCAGGUCCAUAUGCCUGGGUUCAGUAUGUACCAGGACAACCCAUUAAACCCAAUAAUCCUAAUGUAGGGAGUGUUAAGAGAAGGAAUGAGAAGAAGCGCAUCAGGCAACGCAAGGAGUUUAUACUGGCAGAGAAAAAGAAACGUAAAGCUCAGUUGCAGGAGGCUAAUAGGAAGAAAAGAAUUGCGAGAGUGGAGCGUAAGAUGGCUGCAGUAGCUAGGGAUAGAGAAUGGGCUCAAAAACUGGCAGAGCUGCAACGACUUGAGGAAGAGAAGAAAAAAUCCAUGUCUUAAUAAUUCCUUAUUCAUCUAUAUGUGGUACCGUUGCUUUUGCUUGAUAAAAAUUGAAUAUUAGACCAAAUUUUGUAAGUUCCUCACAUGUAGUUCCUCCCUGUCUGUUGGUUGGGUUUAACCAUUGCUGCUCUUGAUGUCAUUUAGUCUUUAUAACAAAUUCUUUUUGCGUAAUUUUUUAUUUGUGCUAUAAAACUCUGACUUAUAAAUGGGAUGAUAUAGGUUUGUGUGCGAGAUUAGGAAAACCUAUUCUGCAA